GUGGCGCCCGCGGACGCAGUUGCCACGGCAACCGGGCGGCGCCUGAGCGCGGGAAGCGGUCCGGCCUGCGGGCAGUGGGAGGCUUGAGAGUGGCCGGCCCAGCUCGGGCCUCCGUCCCCCGGAACCGCGGCCUCCCUGCGCCCUCGAGGCCAUGGGUCGGAUCUCCGGGCUCGUGCCCUCGCGGUUCCUGACGCUCUUGGCCCAUCUGGUGGUUGUCAUCACUUUGUUCUGGUCCCGGGAAAGCAACAUUCACGCCUGCCUGCCUCUCAAGUUCACCGCCGAGGAGUAUGAGAAGCAGGACAUCCAGCUGGUGGCGGCCCUGUGCCUCACCCUGGGGCUCUUUGCAGUGGAGCUGGCCGGCUUCCUCUCCGGAGCAUCCAUGUUCAAUAGCACCCAGAGCCUCCUCUCCAUCGCAGCCCACUGCAGCGCCUCUGUGGCCCUAUCUUUCUUCAUAUUCGAGCGAUGGGAAUGUACCACAUACUGGUACAUUUUUGCCUUCUGCAGUGCCUUCCCAGCUGUCACCGAAACUGCUCUAUUCAUCGCUGUCUUUGGGCUGAAAAAGAAACCUUUCUGAUCACGCCCCGGAUGUAGGGACCAAGGCUGGAAAAGUGAAGGGCUUCCUCCCAUGGCUGGAAGAAGAAAGGCGUAGGUUUCAGUUUUCUCUCUCCCUAUCCUUUUGCCUCUCCCAGCUGCUUCUAAGCAGAGUUGGCAGCGUUGGGAUCAGCUCUCUCAAACCUUGGGCUAUAAUUUUAUUACAGCUUUAUAAUAAAAUAUUUUAUAAUAAAA